AUGAGUUUAUUAAUAUCAGGAUAUUAAAAUAAAUUAUACUGUUUAUUAUAUUAUUUUUAAGUACUUGUUAUUGCUUAUUCAUUUCAUCUUUAAAAAUUUUAAGCUUAAAAUUUCUAUUUUAUUAGUAAAUUCUUUUUCUUACUUCUUUUUUUCUAUAUUUCUCAAAAAUUUUUUAUAUUAUCUGAUAUAAUUUUCUAAAUUUUUAAGGAGAAAUUUAAUUGGAGCAUAAGGUGUAUCAAUUUUGAGUUCUAGUUUAGCUAAGUUUUCUAAUAUCUCAUUUUUAUAUAUUAUUUAUAAAUUAUUCUGGCUUACUUACUUACUUAAUUUCAAUUAUUUUAUUAUUUUUUAUUGCUUACUAUUUCAACAAAAGAUUAUGAUUUUAAGUUGUAACAUCAAAGUUUUAUUUUAUUUUAAUAUAUUUUUCUACUCAACUUUAUCUUUUUAAUUAACUUAAUAUCUCUAAAAAUUAAAAGCUAUAAUCCAUUAUAAAAUGAAGGAGUAUCAAUCUUGGCUUCUAGCCUAGCUUAGUUCUCUAAGCUCUCAACUUUAACACUUGAUCUUAGAUAGAAUUCUAUUGGUGAUUCAGGUGCAUCAAAUUUGAGUUAUAGUUUAAAUUAGUGCCAUAACCUCUCAAAUUUGACAAUUUAUUUUAGUGUAAAAAACUAAUAGAAAUUCAGAAGAAAACUGCUUAAAAUCUAAAGGUUAGUUCAAAAAAUAAUAAAAUUAUCAUCAUGUUGGGUGAUAUAAUUAUUUUGA